AUGGCUCCUUCAGCCUCUCCUGCAACCGCUACGACGGUAUACACUCCCGUGACAACAAAGUCUACCAAGUUUAAACACCCCCUAGACCCCUUGACCCCAGAUGAGAUCAAUGCAGUGUCUUUGGCGAUCCGGCUUUACACUACCGCAAAUACACCAAUCAAGGCCGUCCGCUUCAUCACUUGCACUCUUGUCCCACCUCCGAAGAGGGCCGUCCUUGCGGCACUAGGAAUCCCUUUGACCCCAGGCGCCCAGCCCGAACCGCCCACUCCGAUCGUCAGGAAAGCCGAAAGUGAUUUCUUGGACGUCGUCAACGGGGGUACUUUUAACGCUAUCCUGUCUCUUGAAGAUGGCACGUGGAACGUCGAUACCUGCGAGUUAGUCGCAGACGGUGCAGAACCUCAAAUUUCUCCCGAGGAGCUUGCUUUCUGCGAGCAUGUUGUGCGCAGAGAUGCCACAGUUCAAGCCCUUGCGAGAGAAGUCGGAGUGGAACCCGACCAAAUUUAUGCUGACGGCUGGGCCAUCGGCUAUGAUGACCGCUUCCCGAAACAUACUCGCUUGCAACAAGCUUUCGAUUUCGUUGUGGUCAUCGACUCCCUCGCAGAGAAGGUUAUCCAGAUUGACUUCCCGCCGACCUACAAAAGGACCGAGGAUGGUUCUGUAGAGUUGGGUGUCUCGAGUACAGAGCCAGUGCCCAUUUCGAAACGAGAGCGCCUUCCACCCCCUCUCCGGUCUUUCGAUUUCCUCCCGGAUCUCCUCCAGGCGGACCCGACUCACAAGCCUCGUGAUGAUAUCAAGCCUCUUCACGUUCUUCAGCCCGAGGGCGUGUCAUUCAAGAUGGACGGCAAUGUGCUCGAGUGGCAAAAGUGGAAGAUGCACAUUGGAUUCAGCCAUCGUGAGGGUAUCGCGCUUUCGACCAUUACCUACAACGAUGACGGCGAAAUCCGUCCUGUCAUGUAUCGUCUGUCGCUUGCAGAGAUGGUUGUUCCAUAUGGCGCACCAGAAUUCCCUCAUCCUCGCAAAUUCGCCUUCGACAGUGGUGAAUAUGGCAUGGGGACGAUGGCAAACGAGCUUUCCUUGGGCUGCGAUUGCCUUGGACAGAUUCACUACCUCCCUGGCGCGUAUGUCACGCAUUCUGGGACUCCGUUUAUAAUCAAGAAUGCGAUCUGUAUCCACGAAGAAGAUGCCGGUGUUCUUUGGAAGCACACUGACUAUCGUCCCGGUGGCCGCCAUCAGACAGUUCGCAGCAGGCGUCUUGUCGUCAGCAUGGUCUGCACCCUUGCAAAUUACGAGUACAUCUGGAACUAUCAUUUCUAUCAAGACGGUAACAUUGAAAUUGAGAUCCGUCUUACCGGAAUUCUGCAGGUGUAUGUCGCUGCUCAAGACGAACCCAACCCUUACGGUACGACUAUCGCUCCGAACAUCAACGCACACAACCACCAGCACCUGUUCUCCGUUCGAGUCGACCCGAUGGUCGAUGGCCUCUACAACUCGGUCGUCGAGUCCGACAUCGUCCCUCUCAGUGCCCCCACUGGCUCGAAGGAGAACUUCGCAGGCAACGGUUUCGUUGUGAAGGACAAGGUGCUCAAGUCUCAAGUGCAAGACGGCGCGCGCGACUUCGACUGGGCCCGUGAACGUCGCUGGCGCAUCACCAACCAGGCAAGGACGCAUGAGUCAUCAGGGAAGGACGCAAGUUAUGCUAUCAUGAUGAAGGGAGGUGUGCUUCCACUUAUGGCGCAUACUGACUCCUGGGUUGCUCGUCGUGCUUCAUUUGCUCACAAGACGUUAUGGGUUGUAAGAGAUAAGGAGGGUGCAGAUGGUAGCAGGAUGUGGCCAAGUGGAAAGUACGUCCCUCAGACGCGUGAGGAGCCUGAGGACUCUGUUGGCAGAUGGGUCAAAGAUGGAAACGGAAGCAUCGAGAACGAGGACAUCGUGCUCUACCUGACUGUUGGCACGACUCACAUUCCUCGCCCUGAGGAUUGGCCUGUCAUGCCAGUUGAGCACGUUAAUUUGAUGUUCAAACCUAACAAUUUCUUCACGAAGAAUCCGAGCAUGGAUGUCCCAGGAACAAACGACCCGAUGAGCAAGCCAGCCUUCAAUGGAGCGAAUGGCGCCAACGGCUCGAACGGCGCUUGCUGCUCCCAUUAA